UUUUUUUUUUUUGAAUAUGUUGAGAUCUGCUGCUCGUUCCAUUAACUUGGCCUCUCGCGCUAUCCCCAAGAGAACUUUCACCCAAACUGCUAUUGCUCGCAAUGCUAUUCCCUCAUCUCUUACAUGCUUUACUGAUGAGGAAGUGAUGCUCAAGGAAGUCGUUUCCAAGUUCGCCCAAGAGGUUGUCAAGCCCAAGGUUUCUGAAAUGGACGAGACUGAAAAGCUCGAUGCUUCUGUUUUGAAGGCUCUUUUCGACCAAGGUCUUAUGGGUAUUGAGACUGAUGCCGAAUAUGACGGUGCCAACUGUUCCUUCACUUCUGCCAUCAUCACUAUUGAAGAACUCGCCAAGGUUGAUCCUUCCAUCAGUGUUAUUUGUGAUGUUCAAAACACUUUAGUUGGUACUCUUGUUCGUAAGUACGGUAACGCAGAUGUCAAGAAGAGAUUCCUUCCCAAGUUGGCUACUGACUCCGUUGGUUGUUUCUGUUUGUCCGAAUCCGGUGCCGGUUCCGAUGCCUUUGCUCUUCAAACUCGUGCUGUCGAAAAGGACGAUCACUACGUUAUCAACGGAUCCAAGAUGUGGAUUACUAACUCUGGUGAGGCUGAUAUCUUUUUAGUCUUUGCCAAUGUUGAUCCUUCCAAGGGUUACAAGGGUAUUACAUGUUUCAUUGUAGAAAAGUCCAUGGGUGUUCAAGUCGCAAAGAAGGAAAGCAAGUUGGGUAUUCGUGCUUCAUCCACUUGUGUCUUAAACUUUGAUGAGAUCCGUGUUCCCAAAGAAAACAUUCUUGGUGAGGUUGGUAAGGGUUACAAGUAUGCUAUUGAAAUCUUGAAUGAAGGUCGUAUUGGUAUUGCCGCCCAAAUGAUUGGUACUGCUCAAGGUGCCCUCGAUAUUGCUAUGCCUUACCUUUUCCAAAGAAAGCAAUUCGGUCAAUUUGUUGGUGAUUUCCAAUCUAUGCAACAUCAAUAUGCUCAAAUCGCCACAGAAAUUGAAGCUGCUAGACUUUUGACUUAUAACGCUGCCCGUAUGAAGGAGGAGGGUAAGAACUUCAUCAAGGAAGCUGCCAUGGCUAAAUUAUACUCUUCUCAAAUCGCUGAACGUGCUGCCAGUAAAGCCAUUGAAUGGUGUGGUGGUGUCGGUUUCACUCGUGAGUUGGGCGUUGAAAAAUUCUACAGAGAUGCCAAGAUUGGUGCCAUCUACGAAGGAACAAGUAACAUUCAACUUCAAACCAUUGCCAAAUUAGUUUCCGCUCCCUACAAAUAAAUUGUGCCAAAUUUUUAUACGUUUAGAAUAACAAACAUAAAAUCAUAUUCCCUUAUCCCUUGUUUGUGAUUCAAGAUAAUCAAUAAAAAAAUAAAAUACGCAUACACAUGUA